GUAGCCACAAAGGAAACAGACAGUGCAAGAUCUCGUAGCAUGCCAAUGUCACCAUCUGAUUUCCUGGAUAAGCUAAUGGGAAGGAUGUCAGGCUAUGAUGCGAGGAUCAGACCAAAUUUCAAAGGUCCUCCAGUUAAUGUCACAUGCAACAUAUUUAUAAACAGCUUUGGAUCCAUUGCAGAGACAACCAUGGAUUACCGAGUGAACAUCUUUCUCCGUCAGAAUUGGAAUGAUCCACGCCUCGCAUACAGUGAAUAUCCAGAUGACUCUUUAGAUUUAGAUCCAUCCAUGCUGGAUUCCAUUUGGAAACCUGAUUUGUUCUUUGCUAAUGAAAAAGGUGCCAACUUUCAUGAAGUUACAACAGAUAAUAAGUUGUUACGGAUUUUCAAGAAUGGAAAUGUACUUUAUUCCAUCAGAUUGACUUUAAUACUUUCCUGUCCGAUGGAUCUCAAAAAUUUUCCAAUGGAUGUGCAAACAUGUAUAAUGCAGCUGGAAAGCUUUGGAUACACAAUGAAUGAUCUCAUUUUUGAGUGGCAAGAAAAGGGAGCGGUUCAAGUAGCAGAAGGUCUUACUCUGCCACAGUUUCUGCUGAAAGAAGAAAAGGAUUUAUGUUACUGCACCAAGCAUUACAACACAGGGAAGUUCACAUGUAUUGAAGUCCGGUUCCACCUGGAGAGGCAGAUGGGUUACUAUCUCAUCCAGAUGUACAUACCCAGCCUCUUGAUCGUGAUUCUCUCCUGGGUGUCAUUUUGGAUCAAUAUGGAUGCAGCUCCAGCCAGAGUGGCUUUAGGCAUAACUACUGUACUGACCAUGACAACACAAAGCUCAGGUUCACGAGCAUCUCUUCCAAAGGUGUCAUACGUCAAAGCCAUUGACAUCUGGAUGGCGGUGUGUCUGCUCUUUGUGUUUUCUGCCCUUCUGGAGUAUGCAGCUGUAAACUUUGUGUCGAGGCAGCAUAAAGAACUCCUGCGCUUCCGACGCAAGAGGAAGAAGAGCAAGUAUUUUGAGGGAGUUCUUGAUGGAAAUGAAAUCAGUGAAUCAUUACAGCAUAGCAAUGGCUUGAGAAGUGCAGGACGUAUAGACGGGACUUUGCCUCAAAUCUACAGUACAAAUUUAAGGGAUGAUGAUACACGUGACAGUCAGUUUAGCAUUACAGCAUACGGAGUGGGCCCGUGUGUGCCAGCAAAAGACGGAAUAACACAAAAGGGGCCAAAUAAUCCUGUUCAACCUGUACCAAAAAGCCCUGAUGAGAUGAGAAAGGUAUUCAUUGACCGGGCCAAGAAGAUAGACACAAUAUCCAGAGCUUGUUUCCCAUUAGCCUUUCUGAUUUUCAACAUUUUUUAUUGGGUAAUCUACAAAAUCAUCAGGCAUGAGGACAUUCACCAGUAACAAGAUUGAGGCU